AUGUCGGUCACGAUCAAGACAAAUCUGGGAGAUUUGAAGGCCGAGCUGUAUUGCCAGCAGGCUCCCAAGACGUGCAAGAAUUUUCUUGCUCUCUGUGCUUCGGACUAUUACAACGGGACUCGCUUUCACAGAAAUAUUAAAGGCUUCGCCAUCCAGGGCGGCGAUCCCACUGGUACGGGCAAGGGGGGAGACAGCAUCUACGGCGGCCUCUUCGAGGACGAAUUUGUCUCUUCUCUCAAGCACGACCGUCGGGGAAUUUUGUCGAUGGCGAACCAGGGGAAACCAAACACGAAUGGUUCGCAGUUCUUCAUCACGUAUUGCCGGCAGCCGCAUUUGAAUGGCGUCUACUCGGUCUUUGGCCGGCUUAUAGACGGCAUGGACACGCUGGACAAGAUGGAGAGAGAACCAGUUGGCCGCAAGAAUCGCCCGGAAAACGAUAUCAUCAUUGAGCAAGUGAUUAUCCACGCCAACCCGAUCGCGGAAAUGGAGCAGCUCUGA